CGUAGAAAGAACUUCUCCAAUUUGAGCUUCACUCUCAGUAACACUCAGACCUUGUACAGCUCACUCCGGUUGACUGGUUGCAAGUACGGAGAACUUUGGCCUCAAUGGCCACCUCAGACUCGGCUGGCGAGGACAAUAUCUUUGACUUGCUCAAGCAAGCAGAUCCUACGGAGUUGGAACAACGCCAAAAGGCAAUCAACGAACGAAUACAUGCUACGUUUCAGCUUAGCCAGCAGAGACUCGCCGACCUGAUAGACCAGAACUCGACUUUACCUACCACUGUCUCCUCUGUCACUGUCCUUGGAGCUCCAAACACGCGCCAUGGUUUCUUGAAGGGUGUUGUGAAGCCGCUACUGAGUGCUAACCGCGACCGACCAUACACACAAUCCGAACUGAUCCAUGAAGUCGCAAAGACUGCUGACAAGCUCAACAAAUUUGGAAUCUACAAGGAAUGCUCCGUCUUCAUUGACAAACCACCUCAGACCGACCCCGCCACGACUCCGACCGAUGUCGCGGUAUACUACUCUGUGAAAGAAAAGAGCCGGAUACUCGCAAAGACUGGAACGGAUCUGGGAAAUGCCGAAGGCUCCGCCUACGCCAACGUGGAAUGGCGCAACAUACUGGGUGGUGCGGAAACACUAGAUCUGAAUGCCUCAAUAGGGACGCGAACGAGGUCAUCCUAUCAAGCUACAUUCGACACACCUGUUCUCAGUAACCCUGACUUCCGCUUCCAACUCGGAGGCGUUCAAAGCGCAACGCAAAAGCCCUUUGCCAGCCAUGAAGAAGUUUUGAAAGGAGGAUGGGCGAAAUUACGAUGGCUGUCGAACGCAGGAACUAUGAACGAAGUGGGAUACAAUGGUGUUUGGCGGCAGGUAACAGGACUGGCACAAAAUGCUUCGCCCACAGUCAAGAAUGAAGCUGGAGAUUCCUUCAAGAGCAGUAUAUCUCUUAUGAGGACAACUGAUAAAAGAGACAAUCCUAUGCUACCAUCUCGCGGAUACUACGCAAAGUCACUCGUUGAGUUGGCCGGCUGGGGACCGCUUCGAGGAGACGUGUCAUUCCUGAAAACCGAGGUCGAAAGUCAGACUGCACUCCCUAUACCAAUACCUGGAAUCAAAGGCGACAGUGGUGUAAGCUUCACGACCGGACUCCGAGCUGGUCUGCUCUAUCCUCUCAGUCUCGGAGCAAACCCUAACCCCGAAAUGUCGCGAAUCAACGACAGAUUCCAGCUUGGUGGGCCAACAGACGUUCGAGGGUUUCGUCUAUCUGGUCUUGGGCCCCACGAUGGACCGGAUGCUGUCGGAGGUGAUCUGUAUGCAGCGGGAAGUGCGAAUCUGUUCCUACCUCUCCCAAAGGUGGGCAAAGACAAGCCGCUUCGAUUUCAGGCCUUCGUCAAUGGAGGCAGACUGUUGGCACUACGGAAUCCUGAAACAGAAGGCCCCAUGAGCAAGGAACAAGUCAACUCAAGCUUGACCAAUGCCAUCGCCGACUUGGGCAACGGACUUCCGACAAUGUCUGCUGGGUUUGGACUUGUUUAUGCUCAUCCAGUGGCUCGAUUCGAGUUAAACUUCUCUCUGCCCAUCGCAGUCCGGAAAAAUGAGGAAGCCAGAAAGGGUAUUUCCUUCGGGGUUGGAAUCAACCUCUUGUAGUAAUGCGAUAGAAGAACUUGUACAUAUUUAACAGCAACGUGGUCAAAAAGAAUGUCAUAUCAUGUUGAAAAGUGCAGAGAGUGUAAACGUACAUGUAUGUAGAGAGGCCAUCUG